CCAGGUCCCGGCCAAUGGAGCCGAUUUAGACUGGAGCAGGACCGCGUCUGUCAAAAGCCCCACUCGGCAGCCGCGGUGGAGUUCAGAAGGAGAGCUGGAGCGCUGCGCUGCCUCCCCGCCCCCGCCGGGAUUUAUUGAGUAUUUGGGCUGGAAAAUUAAGUGGCCCUGAUGAUGUUACCAAGCCCGGUCACUUCCACCCCUUUCUCAGUCAAAGACAUCUUGAACCUGGAGCAGCAGCAGCAGCAACAGCACUUCCACGGCGCUCAUUUGCAAGCGGACUUGGAGCACCACUUCCACUCAGCGCCCUGCAUGCUGGCCACCGCCGAUGGGACGCAAUUUUCUGACGGAGGGGAAGAAGACGAGGAAGAAGAUGGGGAGAAAUUGUCCUACUUGAACUCACUAGCCACGGCCGACGGCCACGGGGAUUCUGGGCUCUGUCCGCAGAGCUAUGUCCACGCGGUCCUGCGAGACUCAUGCGGUGGGCCUAAGGAACAUGAAGAGGACUCCGAGGUCGUGAGGGACCGGAGCCAAAAAAGCUGCCCGCUGAAGAAGCCGCUGGAGGCGGCGGGAGACUGUAAGGCGGGCGAGGAUGGCGAGAGGCCGAAGCCACGCAGCCGCCGGAAGCCCCGCGUCCUCUUCUCGCAAGCCCAGGUCUUCGAGCUGGAGCGCAGGUUCAAGCAGCAGCGGUACCUGUCGGCGCCGGAGCGCGAGCACCUCGCCAGCAGCCUGAAGCUCACGUCCACGCAGGUGAAGAUCUGGUUCCAGAAUCGCAGGUACAAGUGCAAGAGACAGCGGCAGGACAACAGAGAUUCCUCGGGCCUGGAUCUCCGGAUUGUCCGGGGGUAG